AGGCCCACCAAGACCAUCACUAUGACCGAUGGGGACUAUGAUUAUCUGAUCAAGCUCCUGGCCCUCGGAGACUCAGGGGUGGGGAAGACGACAUUUCUUUAUAGAUACACGGACAAUAAAUUCAAUCCCAAAUUCAUCACAACAGUCGGAAUAGACUUUCGGGAAAAACGCGUGGUUUACAACACACAAGGACCAAAUGGAUCUUCCGGGAAAGCUUUCAAGGUGCAUCUUCAGCUUUGGGACACUGCAGGACAAGAGCGGUUCCGGAGCCUCACCACUGCGUUUUUCAGAGAUGCCAUGGGUUUCCUACUAAUGUUUGACCUCACGAGUCAACAGAGCUUCUUAAAUGUCAGAAACUGGAUGAGUCAACUGCAAGCAAAUGCUUACUGUGAAAAUCCAGACAUAGUAUUAAUUGGCAACAAGGCAGACCUGCCAGACCAGAGGGAAGUCAAUGAACGGCAAGCCCAAGACCUGGCAGACAAAUACGGCAUACCCUACUUUGAAACAAGCGCAGCAACUGGACAGAAUGUGGAGAAAGCUGUGGAGACCCUUCUGGACUUAAUAAUGAAGCGGAUGGAACAGUGCGUAGAGAAGACACAAGUCCCUGACACUGCCAAUGGAGGGAACUCAGGAAAGCUGGAUGGAGAGAAGCCAGCAGAGAAAAAAUGUGCCUGCUAGUUGCUAUACUUGAACUGACCAAGAGCCCCCCAGCCAAACAGCCCUUUCACCAAUGGUGACCCACCACAAAAUUGUUGAGUAGACCAUGCACAAAGGCAUGUCUUCGUUUUUCUAUCAGAAAAAUCUAUAUUAAGAAACCACAAUAGUCAAGAGUGUCUGAAAGAGUGACAGGGUUUUCCCUGAGGCCCUUUCAGAGGAGAUCAAAGAUCUAUUGAGAUCAUACCAUGAAGGAUGCUCAGUAUUUGUUUUCCUUCU